UGUGUGUAAACUCUGCCAUCCCGUGGCUGACUGCGUGAAACUCUUCACACUCCGGAACCAACGCGUUGGUUCCUACCCGAGCUGCAAUGCGCGGUGCACCGUAAACGCUAAUGUUUUGCAUUGUGGUGACACCGCUGCUGCUCCUCGUUGUAGUUACCAAUGGUCUGACACCAGCUGGCAGAGAUGCCGUUCAAAGAUCUUCCCAGGGAGGCCCUGCUGCGACCCUUGUCCCGGAAUGAAGUGGUGGGCAUGUUGUUGAGGUUGACCAUCUUUGGUGCAGCCACGUACUACAGCAUCAAAUGGGUUGUAGACGCUAUGGAUCCUACGGCCAAACAGAAAAACCAAGCCAAGAAAAGGGCAGAGCAGUUGAUGAAGAGGAUUGGUGUGGAGGGGGUCAAACUAACAGAGUAUGAGAUGAACAUUGCAUCUCACCUAGUCGAUCCACAAACUAUGAAGGUGUCCUGGAGAGAUAUAGCGGGUCUGGAUGAGGUUAUCAAUGAACUGCAAGACACCGUCAUCCUUCCCUUUCAGAAACGACACCUCUUAGCUGGAUCCAAACUCUUUCAGCCUCCUAAAGGAGUUUUAUUAUUUGGUCCUCCCGGAUGUGGGAAGACCAUGAUCGCCAAGGCAACAGCCAAAGCUUCAGGGUGCAAGUUUAUCAACCUUCAGGCCUCCACACUGACGGACAUGUGGUACGGCGAGUCACAGAAGCUGACUGCUGCUGUAUUCUCAUUGGCUGUCAAAAUCCAUCCCUGUAUCAUCUUCAUUGAUGAGAUCGAGUCAUUUCUCAGGAAUCGCUCCAGCCUCGACCAUGAGGCCACAGCCAUGAUGAAGGCACAAUUCAUGAGCCUGUGGGAUGGUCUGGACACUUCGUUAACCACCCAGGUUAUGGUGAUGGGAGCCACAAACAGGCCACAGGAUGUGGAUCCAGCCAUCCUGCGCAGGAUGCCCACCACUUUUCAUGUUGGCCUCCCGAGCACAAGACAGAGGCAAGAUAUCCUGAGGCUGAUUUUAGCAGGAGAAAACUUGAGCAACGCCAUUAAUCUGAAGGAGAUUGCAGAGAGGACAGAAGGCUACUCAGGCAGCGACCUGCGGGAGCUUUGCCGCGAUGCUGCCAUGUACCGGGUGAGGGACUACGUCCGCAAGGAGCAGAUGAGGCAGAUUGCUCAGCAGCUACAGGACUAUGAGGAGGAGGACGAUGAAAAACCUAUGGAUGAGGAGAGGUUGCGACCGGUCACCCAGCUGGACCUCCUCUUUGGCCUGGACAAGAUGAAGGAGUCUAAGAAGGCCACAGCCUUCAUGUUACCCAGCGUGUCGGAUGUUCCCCUGGACUAAACACCAACGCACUGGCAGGGAAACAUUUUCUUCUCAGUUUUUUCCAAAGUGUGUUACAGCUCACAAAGCAGAGACUGCUCGAUCAUACUGAGGUGCUGUUGGGCAAAUGAAUGGACAUAUUAAUCAUCUUUCUCAAACUCUUAUUUAUUUAGGCAGAGGUUGUUGUUCUGUGCAUGUUCAUUUUUUUUUGCACAGCCUCACCACGUGUACAGUUAAAACACAGUCUUCUCUUAGUGACCCCUGACAGCUCCACUAGAGCGAUUUACUGUCACUGUCUUGCUCCAGUGCACCAGGACAGUUUUUCUGGGAGGGGACAAGGCAUAUUUCAUAAAGUUUAUGAAUCUCAUAAGUCAUUCAAUGUUUGGACUCCAGAUCAGCGUCACCAUCCUUCAACGUUUGCUGCUUGAUUUUUAAGGGCACUUGGAGAGUACAUACCCGCGCCAAGGCUGAUUGGCCACUUUAUCACCAUAUUGCAUGUAUUCAGAAUGUGAAAACAUUUGUUCAUUUGUUUAUCCGAUCCAACAUUUGGUGGGUUCUUCCUUUGGUCGUGUUCCAUCCCUCUACAAAAUUCCAUUGAAAUCGCCUCAGUCAUUUUUGUUUCUAAUUCUGCUGACAGAGACAACAGACAGACAGACAGCAAUUAAAACAUGACUUCAUUUUAGAGAUUACUAUCAAUCCUAACGAUUCAAAGACUUAAAUCUUUUUAAAACAAUGUUAUCUUAGUUCUUAAAAUGGUUCAGCUAAUCCCAAAGUCUCAUCACAAAUACUCAGUGAUGGAUUUCAUUAAUAUCAAUUUUCCAAAUGAGACGACAUCUGGAAAAAAUUGACUUUCAGGAGGAUCAGUAUCCACUCACUCAAGUAUUAAUCAUUUGUCAUCAUGAAUGUACUAGUCUCACUUUGAAAACCACUCCAGCUCUGUUUACUUGCUGUUGUCUUUACCUGAAUCAAUUUUCUUUCUCCAGGUGGAUAUGCUGAAACUAUUUAGACUUUUGUUAAGCUGACAAAAAGUUUUAUGUCUUCACUUUGCUUUCAUUUAUAUUUAUUUUCAUAGCUGAGUUUUUAUUUUAUUGUUUGAUCACAUUUAUUUUUGCAGUAACUUGUAACUUCAAGUAAAAAAUGUCCUGCCUGUAGUCAUGAGGUCAGCACUGCUGUGGAAGCUGUCAGGUCACAAUAUGCACAUGAAGAAGAAGAGGAAGAGCAGAGUCGGGCAGCCAGGGGUGAAAUUUAACAGGUUGGCAGGAGCUGGCCACUACAUCCUUCCUCUGGGAUAUCAUGAGCCCAUAGUCAUUGUACAUUAUGACAGGACUGCUUUAGUUCUAGGCACAAAUUCAAUCACAUAGUGUAUGUGUUUGGUCCAAACAGCCAAUAGCAAUGUAGCCUGAGUGCAGUUGUUUCCCAGAAGUGUAGACAACAACACGAACAUCCACGUAUCAAGUGGUACCAGUGUCCUAACUUUAAUAGAAACCUCAGAUAUAAUGAUGCAAGCGCAGGGAAGCAAUACAACACACAUCUUUUAAUCUUGCUGAUCUUUAUCCUAAAUGGCCGUAAACACAUACCUAACUUAACUGUUGUAUCUUGUCUCAGCCGUUCGCAGGUGCAUCACUUGUAUCAUGGGUGUUGUGCUGUAUGAGUAAAGAAGAGAAAUAUCGGGUUAAAGUUAAGGCCAAGACUUCACUAAAGUUACCAAGUCUGCUGAAAGGUUUGUUUGUGUGUUAAAUACUGCUUUGUAACUUCUCAGCUUCACAUUUGUUACCAUCCAAAGAGACAAAAGCUCAGACUUUUUUAGUGUCACAUUUACUGUGUCAUUAUUAUUAUUAGUGAGCUCCUGUGUUUUUUCCUUUGAAUGUUUUUAUUAUGGACUUUUCAUGAAAUGUUUUAAUCUAUCAAUCAGCAACUGACAGCAGUGUUACUUUGACAGCACCCAUCAGAGUUACUUUUAUUCUCACUUCAUGGAGGGCCUUUAAAAUGCUCUCAAUGAGCCACCAGUGGGAAGUUGUUGUGACAAGCUUUUCUGCCUCUGUACAAAAAGCCUCAUUGUUUUCCAUAUGGUCACAGCGUGUGUCCGUGGGUCUGUUCAAGCCUCACCCGCAGACCUUUUCUCCCAUGCACUCGGAGCUGGAAUCCAGGGCAAAGCUGUAAUUCAAACAUGACCAGGUGGUGGCACUAUAGCCUCACUGUCCCUCACUGAGGCAGGUGUCACAGGCUGACAAAGGUACACUGCUUCUAUUUUUGAUCAGUUUUAUAGCAUUUUGGUGAGACAAUGAAAUAGAGAAGCCUGCAUACUGGAUUGUUUCUUCAUUAUUGGUUCAUUGGGUGAUCUUUAGAAAUGUGCUGCUCUUCAUUUGAGUACCUCAGCUUUCAGUUAAAGGUCAAAAUGCCGUGUUGCCAUGUAAACCAUGUAACUGUCGCUGCUGGCAAGUCUUGUUUACCUUUCCAAAGGUAACACCUGUUUGUUUCUCUCUCGUGCAAUAUCACUCAAAAGGCUGUUCAUCAGUUAGAGACUUGGAUUUAUGAAUACACUCUCCAUAUGCACUUACUGUAAAUUAUACUGUCAACUAUGUGUACGUGUCUGAUAUGUUGAACACUGUAAUUAUUAAAUUACACUUAUAUGGA